AUGAUGAAGCGCAUAUUGAUCGUUAUUCUUUGGAAUAUAUUCAUCGUUUCAGGCUCGGACAUAUCGCAGCCGACCUACAACCUUUACAAUACCGACACGAUGACAAAUGACGUUGACCACGUUUGUUUCUAUUUGCCAAUCAUUAAUAAUCUCGAUAUCCAUGAAAGAUCGGCAAUAAGUCAGCAGAAUGUGGAAUACUGUAUUCGAACAAAUGAGGAAGGUGUGAGUGAUGUCAAUGAAAACGCUAUAUCAUCUAUAUUACCUUUCGAUGAAUUAAAAAAGAGAAAUAUUACUUCUGAAAAUCUCUUGAAAUGGUCGGCUCCUAUUGAUACUGUCGAACAUUACGAACAUUAUUUACAAACGAACAGAUCCACAUUAUUUAUUCAAUUUUAUAAUUGUACUCUGCCAUGGUUUGGACCGUUUUGUCAGUAUAGAAUGAUUUCAUAUCGACCGUUUUCUCAUUUCGUUCAAAUGAGACUUACCGAUAAACAAGUAUGGUACAAGAGUACGAAAAUAGCCUGUUACAUGCAUAUUCAGUGCAAUACUAAUCCAGCUUUACUUUGUCUUGACUGGCGUGAGGUAUGCGAUGGAAAGAUUGAUUGUUUAAACGGUGGCGAGGACGAAAAAGAUUGCUUUGAACUUGAAAUCAAUCGCUGCGAGGAACACGAAUAUCAAUGUCGGAAUGGGAUGUGCAUUGACAAAGAGUUUCUGCUCGACGGAUAUGUCGACAUGAAUAACAUGGAAUGUUUGGAUGGCUCAGAUGAAACCGGACAUCGUCCGCUGACUUCCUGCUCAAGAGAUUCGUCUUUUUCAUGCGAAGAUAUCUUCUCUCCUCGCUUGACAGACUUUAAUUGUGGAGAUGGAACAUUUCUCAGUGUACUCAUAUCACAAAAUCACAUCAAUUGUGCAAAUGAACGAAAUCGAGCACUUAAUUACUUAUCUGAUUGGCACAAUCCGGGAAGUUCACAUUAUCCGCGUUGUUUCAAAACUCUCAUGUGUGCAUCAGGUUUGACAUUAUUACACAAUUUCGAUCUGUAUUGCAAGAAUUUAUGUAAUAGCAGCGGAGAAUGUAAACUUCAUACUCUCCAACAUUGCCCAUCUGCAUUUCUCGCACCUGACUUUCCGAUAUGGCACGGGCAUGUUAAAUACGGCUAUUUUUCGAAUCAGACUAUUGAAAAUAUAGGAAAUAUACCGCACUUUGUAUGCUAUGACGAGACUCUCUGUCCACACAUCGCUUCAACAUUCAUGCUGGAAAAUUCUACGUGCUUACAUGUCAACCAGUCAGAUCCAAAAGCGAUUGAUACUGUGUAUAGCAUAUUUCGCUCAUGCGAUAACACCUUUCAAACCGGAAAUGAGGUUAACUGUACGGAUUCAACAAUGGUGCGUUGUGUGAACACAAAUCGAUGUAUACCGAAGCGUCGAAUUAUGGACGGUGUUGUAGAUUGCUAUCAUGCUUUUGAUGAAUCACUUUCGAUUGAUUCGUGUGCAUUAAAUGAUCAAUAUCGUUUUCAAUGCACAUCUGAACAGAAAUGUUUAGCGCCGAUUUUGGUCGAUGAUAAAAAAAUACAUUGUAAUAACAGAGAAGAUGAAACUAACCUAAUGGGAGUUGCUAGAGACAUUCAUACACUACCGUUUAUUGCCUUUUGCGAUGGGAAAAAUGACCUUUUAUCGGUGAAUAACGAAACGGAAGAAACUCACUGUGAAGCAUGGCCAUGUGCAAAUGCAUAUACACGCUGCGAUCAUUAUUGGGAUUGCCCAAAUGGUAUUGAUGAAGUUAAUUGUUCAACAGUUUUUUCAUGUCCUGCAAACCAUCAUCCUUGUUGGUUACCGCAGACUCAUAAGAUGGGUUGUUUGCAUAUCGAUCGUGUCGAAGAUGGAAUUAUGGAUUGUCUUGGAGCAACAGACGAACCAUCCUAUUGUAAAGCAUUCGAUGUAGGAAACAAGUUUCUACACUACCGUUGUUGGAAUGAUACUAAGUGUGUAUCAGUGGCAACUGUUUGUCUAUAUUGUCAUGACAUCAAUGAUGUUAACCUAUUAUGUAACAAAUCUAAUCCCGUUGGCGUAGCUUUCAUUCGCUACUUUGCUGAUCGGGAUUUUGCUGGUGCUACUCUAAUGUCAAAAGCAAAAUUUUCUCAUAAGUCAUCGUCUGUGUACCCUUCGAUUCAAUCACCGUCAACAGUUCAUAAACAAAUAUCCAGUAACAUGAUAAAAACGGAGAAAACAUCUCACAUUCAACUGCUUGACGACUCCAGAUUGUGGUUAUGCAACAAAGGUCUCGUAAUUCUCGUUGGUAAGAAAGAAACCGAACAAUGUCUCUGUCCAGAAACUUACUAUGGUGAUCAUUGCCAGUACCAAAAUCAACGCGUUAGUCUUACUCUUCGAUUACAUCAAGAAAAAUUAUUCAAAUUCACUGUGAUUGGCAUUAUUAUCAGACUUGUGGAUACAACAGGUUUUAUUCAAUCCUAUGAACAAAUUACCUACGUUCCAGUGACUAAUUGCAAUGCUAAAUACAAUAUGCAUCUUCUUUAUCACCAUCGGCCGAAAAACACAACGGAAAACUAUACAAUUUAUAUUGAUGCUUAUGAUAAAGUAGAUCUUCUCUAUCUCACGAGUUGGAUCUAUCCAGUGAAAUUAAAAUUUAUGCCUGUCAAUCGUAUGAGUGUUCAAUUGAUUAUACCUGCAAAGCAAGACUGUCGGUUGGUAUGUAGUGAGAAAUACUUCGAACUAUUAAGAAACGACCAUCGCCAAUCCUGUCGGUGUGUAAGUCGAAUACAAGCAACUGUCGACAAGUGCAACUGUUCUUCUCAAUCGAUAUGUGUUGGUAUGAAAGAAAACCGAUCUAUCUGUCUUUGCCCUCUGCACAAAACAGGACCACGCUGUUAUUUGAGUUCCAUCUGUGAAACCAACAAUUCAUGUGUAAAUAAAGGCAUUUGUGUACCUCAUGAUUCGCGACAUUCUCCGACAAAUUAUACUUGCGUAUGUCCCGAUGGAUUCUUUGGUAAAUACUGCGAACAAACGGACGUGAAAAUCAAUGUUUCAAUUUCGGGUAUUGAAACUCCGCAGUCGACACUAAUUCAUUUCAUCGAUGUUGCUCAGAGUGCGUCAACAAGAAUCAAACGCGAUGUAACUCAAACAACAAUAUUCAAGAGGAUCGGAAUUAAUGAAAAUGUUUUAAUUUUAAACAUGUCGUUAUCAUUUCAUCUUCUGUUUGUUCAGUUCGAGCAUUCUUAUUAUCUUGCGGUUCUUCAGCAUGAUUACGUACCAUCAGUUGUUAUUUUAUCCGAGAUCUCUCCGUCAAGACGUUGUCCGGUUGUCCACGAAUUGCUGGACUCAUCUAUUCUAGCUUAUUCAGUUCUACGUCGUGUGAACCGCUAUCAUUCAAUAUGCAAACAGUAUGCUGAACUUGAUUGUUUUCAUGAUAAUUACACGUUUAUGUGCUUAUGUACAAAUGGGCGAGAUGCGAACUGUUUUCAUUUCAACUACAACACAACUCAUAAAUGUUCAGGACAUAGUAAUUGUGAAAAUGGCGCACGUUGUUUUCAAGAUCAUCCACAUUGUCCAACGAAAACCAUGUGUGUCUGCCAGGAGUGCUUUUAUGGUGAUAAAUGUCAAUUCACAAGCCAUCAUUUCGGUCUUUCACUCGAUUCGAUUUUAGGUUAUCAUAUUUAUCCGCAUCUCACAUUCGCUGAGCAAUCUUUACCCGUAAAAAUUAGUAUAAUUUUAUCGACGAUAAUCGUUGUAAUUGGUCUCAUUGGUGGUAUUCUAUCAAAUCUAACAUUUCAAGUGAAGUUAACGCGACAGACGGGCUGUGGUAUGUAUCUGUUUGCGUCAUCGAUAACAUCGAUUAUGAUCGUUCUCUUGCUCUAUGUCAAAGUUUGGCUGCUUAUUAUUUCACAAAUGCAAAUUCUCACUUGGCGAUUGAUUCUUUUCUUCAACUGCACUCCGGUUGAGUUUGUGCUUCGACUGUUGUUGACUACAACAGAUUGGUAUCAUGUUUUCGUCACCAUUGAACGCUUUCUCGUAGUUUUUCUUGGCGUGCGUUUCGAUAAAUCCAAAAGUCGAGCAUUCGCUAAGGCACUCAUACUAAUCAGUCCUGUACUCAUCGCUGCAUCGAUUCUUCAUGAUCCGAUUCAUCGUCAUCUAAUUGAUGAUGUUGAAGAUCAACGAACAUGGUGCAUUGUUACAUUUGCAUUUCAAACGGAAACCUACAAUAGAUUUAUCAAUAUUUUCCACUUCAUCAUUCCGUUUUCGCUCAAUCUUAUUUUAACCAUUGGGAUUAUAUUUAUCACUGCCAGACAACGCUCGUCAGCAAAGAGACAAUUCACUUUUGAGCAACAUUUGAAAAGUCAAUUUUAUCGUCAUAAACAUCUGAUCGUUAGUUCGAUUCUAUUGGUUGUUUUCAUAUUACCACGUCUAGUAGUUUCCUUUCUUUCGAAUUGUAUGAAAUCAGCAAAAGACUACAAAUUAUUCUUAGUUAGUUAUUUUAUUUCAUUCUUUCCGCCUAUACUCCAUUUCUUCAUUUUUGUUCUAACAUCGGAAAUCUACAAAAAGCAAUUCAAUGCAAUGAUCCGACGGAAAUGGAAAAAAUACCGACGUUGUCUAUUUCUGCGACUAGCUUUAUCGAAAAGACAGAAAUGA